UACCUUAAAUCCCAUGCUCACAACUCACAUUCUUUCCCAAAUCCCAACCAACCCAUUUUCUUUCAUGUUCUCAUAAUCGUCUUCAUUUUUAAUCACUAUAUCUUUUAAAUCCCAUUUCUAAUCCUAACACACUUACUCAAUCCUAUGUUUUAGGACUUGUUUGGCACUUUUUUCUCUGUUUUCAAAACCAAUUAAUCAUUUAAGUUUAAUCAACAUGGAAGAUUCAAAGAACUUAAUACAAGAGCUACUACAAGGAAUGGAGUUGGCAAGACAGCUUCGAAUCUAUCUCAAUGUCUCUUCUUCUUCUUCCAAUGAAACACGUGAAAUUUUGAUAGGGAAAAUCAUAUCCACAUUUGAAAAAGCAAUUGAAAUGGUGAACCACAAAGGACAUGUUAAUGUUGGUGAAUCAUCACAACAACAACAGCAACAUACCUCAGGGACAGUUGCAAUUCGAAUGUUUGAUUCACCACCUUUGAGCUCUAGUCCAAGAAGUGAAGACUCUGACAGAGAUCACAACACUCCUAGAAAAAGAAACACUCUACCAAUUAGAUGGACAAAACAAAUCCGAGUUUCACCGGGAAUGGCAGUCGAAGGGCCUCUUGAUGAUGGAUAUAGUUGGAGAAAAUAUGGCCAAAAAGACAUUCUUGGAGCCAUACAUCCAAGAGGCUAUUACAGAUGCACUCAUAGAAAUGUUCAAGGUUGUUUGGCAACAAAACAAGUACAAAGAUCCGAUGAAGAUCCAACAAUCAUCGAAAUCACUUACCGAGGAAACCAUACAUGCAACAUGGCUUCAUUAAAUCCAAUUGAAAACCAAGAAACAAAUAUUGUAAACACAAAUCCUCAAAGCUUCAAUCACGAGAAACCAAACGAACAACGUUUGAACAACCUACGAACAAGUCUAAGAGUCCAAACAGAGAACCUAGAUUUCCUCAACCAAUCAUUUGCUCCUUUAAUCCAUUUACCUUCAACUUCAGAACUCAAAUUUGAAAACCAUGUACUUGAAAGUAGCUACGCCGAAAACUUCAAUUCUCCUUCGUAUGUUUCACCGGCUAAUUCAGGAAUAGGUCACUUCUCGAUGUCUCCAAGUUCAAGCGGGUUUCAAAAUGUGGCUAGUGAGAUGAUCCCUCUUGCUACUUCUGCUGCAAAUACACCAACCACUACUUUAGAUUUUCCAUUUGACCAAUUUCAAUUUGAUGGCCAAAACUUCACAUUUGAUCACUCUCCAUUUUUCCCUUGAAUACACUCAACUAUAUAUGAGAAGAAGCUAAUGAAUAAUUUACCGAAAUUUUUUUAAGUUAAAUAUGUUUUUCGUCCAUAUAAAUUAUCAACGUUCGUUUUUCAUCCUAAAGAAAAAAGUGGUAUUUUAUCGUCCCAUAAGAAAGGCUAAAAUAAUGACCGGAAAAUGUUGUAAGACGAUAAAUUUAGUGUCGUGGCUUUUUUAUGAGGAUGAAAAAUGAAAGUUGAUAAUUUUAUAUGGACGAAAACAUAUUUAAUUUAUUUUUUAUUUUUUUUUAUCUUCAUAGACAGGCUCAAGUUUCAUGUUGAUGUUUUCUAUAGUUUGUAUCCUCCUUUUCCCUUUUUCUUUUGGAUUUUAAAAAACAGAGUUUAACUUGACUUGCAAGAGGUAGUGCUUCCACAAUGUAAAGUACACGCGUUGAAAUGGUCUAUUUUAUUCAAGUUUGUAAAGAAGGGGGCAGAAAAAAGACCAUCCAUUAUUUGUUUUUUUAAUGGAAAAAACAAUAAUUAAUGACUAAGCGAUCACACGAAGAACCAGGGACGAACACACUAAGAGGCUAUGUGGUGGCUAAAGUCACACCAGAUUUUCAUAUUUUUUUUUAAUAAAAAUAUAUGCAGUGAAAGAGAAAAAUUGUGUGAGUAGUUAUUGUGUGGAAUUGGUUAGCCCAACAGACAUUUUGCAUGAUUAUUUUCAUUCUUUAUAUAAUAUUAGUCGGUACAAGUUGGAUAC